GCCAUGGCUGGGUCCCGCGUCCCUAGCGGUCCCGAUACUCCUGUCGCGCCCUGGAAACGCCACAUUGUGCUGCAGCUGCGGCAGCGCGAUCGCACGCAAAAGGCACUCUUCCUGGAGCUGAUGCCAGCCUACCAUCGCCUCCUGGAGAAGGCAGAACUGCUGGCCCAGUUCUCAGAGAAGCUGCAGCCAGAGCCGAACGAUGUCACUCCCAUCACCCACCAGGGCCCCUGGGAGGAGUCGGGGCCUGCCUCAGACCAAGUGCCAUCACCAGCCACUCUGAGAGUGAAGUGGCAAGAGGAGGAGCAGGGGCUCCAGCUGGUCUGUGGUGAGAUGGCUUACCAGGUGGUGGAGAGGAGGGCGGCCCUGGGCACCCUGGAGUCGGAACUGGAGGCGCGGCAAAGCAGGUCUCGGAAGAGCCGAACGCGCGCGGCCUACGAUACGCUGCGCGCGCACGCCGGGCUCCAGGACGCGGCCCUGCGGAGGCUCGAGGAGGAGGCGCGCGACCUGCUGGAGAGGCUUGUGCAGCGCAAAGCGCGCGCCGCCGCCGAGCGCAACCUGCGCAACGAGCGCCGAGAGAAGGCCAAGCAGGCACGGGUGUCCCAGGAGCUGAAGAAGGCUGCCAAGCGGACUGUGAGCAUCAGCGAGAACCCAGACACCCUUGGAGAUGGGGUCAGCGAGGGGGCAGAACCUCUGGCUGCCCUGGCCUCGGAGCCCAAGUCCCCGGAUAGUGAGGCCUGUGAGAAGUGGAAGAGGCCCUUCAGGUCUGCCUCCGCCACGUCCCUGACGCUGUCCCGCUGUGUGGAUGUGGUGAAGGGUCUUCUGGACUUCAAGAAGAGGAGAGGCCAUUCCGUUGGGGGAGCCCCUGAGCAGCGGUACCUGAGCAUCCCAGUGUGCGUGGCCGCCCGACUUCCUACAGGGCCCCAGGACGUGCUGGAUGCCCACCUCUCUGAGGUCAAUGCUGUUCAUUUUGGCCCCAAUAGCAGCCUCCUAGCUACUGGAGGGGCUGACCGCCUGGUCCGCCUCUGGAAUGUCGUGGGAGGUCGCCUGGAGGCCAGCCAGACCCUGGAGGGCGCUGGUGGCAGCAUCACCAGUGUGGACGUCGACCCCUCGGGCUCCCAAGUGCUGGCAGCCACUUACAGUCAGGCCGCCCAGCUCUGGACGGUGGGGGAGGCACAGUCCAAGGAGACGCUCUCUGGACACACAGACAAGGUGACAGCUGCCAAAUUCAAGCUCACGAGGCACCAGGCAGUGACUGGGAGCCGAGACCGCACAGUGAAGGAGUGGGACCUCGGCCGGGCCUACUGUUCCAGGACCAUCAAGGUGCUUUCCUACUGUAAUGACGUGGUCUGUGGGGAUCAUGUCAUCAUUAGUGGCCACAAUGACCAGAAGAUCCGGUUCUGGGACAGCAGGGGUCCCCACUGCACCCAGGUCAUCCCUGUGCAGGGCCGGGUCACCUCCCUGAGCCUCAGCCAGGACCAGCUGCACCUGCUCAGCUGUUCCCGUGAUGACACACUCAAGGUCAUCGACCUGCGUGUCAGCAAUAUCCGACAGGUGUUCAGGGCCGAUGGCUUCAAGUGUGGUUCUGACUGGACCAAAGCUGUGUUCAGCCCCGACCGGAGCUAUGCGCUGGCGGGUUCUGCAGAUGGAGCACUUUAUAUCUGGGACGUGGACACUGGGAAACUGGAGAGCAGCCUUCGGGGGCCCCACUGUGCUGCCAUCAAUGCCGUGGCCUGGUGCUACUCCGGGAGCCACGUGGUGAGCGUGGACCAGGCCAGGAAGGUUGUGCUCUGGCACUAGCUGGAGUGAGGACGCGGCCCCUGCGCCUGUCUGCAGAGUGGAGGGCUGGGGUGGCCUAAGGGGACCCACUGAGGGGUGGGAGGAAGGCCU